UCCGCAGCCUUAGUGGUCUGGAGCUGCUGGUUGGCUGCGGUCUAGCUGCGCGGGGGUUUACGGGGCCUGAGACCACGUUCCAACCUGGCAUCCCGCAAUGUCUGUGGCCUUCGUACCAGACUGGCUGCGAGGCAAGGCGCAAGUCAACCAGGAGACGAUCCAGCGGCUCCUGGAGGAGAAUGACCAGCUGAUCCGCUGUAUCGUGGAGUAUCAGAACAAAGGCCGGGCGAAUGAGUGCGUCCAGUACCAGCAUGUGUUACAUAGAAAUCUCAUUUAUUUGGCUACCAUUGCAGAUGCCAACCCAACCAGUCCUUCAAAAGUAAUGGAAUAAUCUUCUAGCCAGCCACUGUGAGGAAUAAUUGAAGGUAAUCCAUUUCCUAUGAAAUGGAGGCAGGAUCUUCACCAACUCAAGUGCUGAAAACAUGAAGGAAAUCUUUGCGGCUCUUUUGAAAGUGUGAAAAUGUAAGGAAAGCUAUUAGAUUAACUGUAUUUCAAUGUAAAUAUUUAUUUUUAAUAAUUAAGCAGAUUCUCCCAA